AUGAAACGGUUUUUGGUGGCAACAUCUUCUAAAAACAAUGAUGUUUCAAAAAAAACUAAAAAUGAUUUUGCCUCGGAUUCUGCUGACUCUCCACACGCAUCUGAAGAAGCAACAGAACUUGAUUGCUGUGAUAGCAUAGAACAAAUAAAUGUAUCACAAAGUUAUCUAUUCGAUGGUAAAUACUAUAACAUAGUAUCAAAUAAGAAUGACGGAAAAAAGUUAGUUGCGAAAUGUGUCCUGUGCACAAAAGUCAUUCGAGGCCAGAUUAAUUCUACUGGAAAUUUCCUGAGUCAUCUUAAGUUCAAACAUCCAUCAAUACUUUCAAAAGUUGAAGAGAGUAAAAUAUUGUAUAAAAAACCUAAACAAAAUAUUGAGUCUGUAUAUACUCCUAAACAAAUGACAUUGCCUUCAUUUAAAAGCAGUAUGACAAAAAAUCAUAUUUGUCAGUUAGUGUUCAACUAUAUUGUUGAAGAAAUGCGACCUUUAAUCACCUGUGAAAAACCAGCCUUUCAUCGGCUCAUUAAAGGAAUAACAGGAAUUACUGACACAGCUUUACUUCCAAACCGUAAAACUAUAUCCAAAGAGUUAAAACUGAAGUAUAAUAAUUAUGUAUCUACAUUAACUAGUUUAAUUGAUAAACAAGAUUAUAUAUGUAACACUGCUGAUAUAUGGAGCGCAAAUAAUAAGAGUUUUAUGGGGAUGACUAGCCACUUUAUUGAUAGUAAAACCUAUAAACGGUAUUCAUAUGUAUUAGGUUGCAGAAGAAUAAAAGGUAGUCAUAACUUUUUAAACAUUGCUGAAGUCAUAAAUGAAAUCUCUGAAACUUACCGAAUAAACAAUUCCAAAAUUACUCACAUUAUUACAGAUAAUGCUAGUAAUUUUGGUAAAGCUUUUCGCACUUUUUCUAAUGUUUCUACUAGUGGAUCUGAUUCUUAUAAUGUAGGUGAUUUUAAUUUUGAAUUAGAAAUUGAUAGUGAUAUUUCAAAUAGUGACUGUGAAAAUAAUACUAACGUUGAGUACACUAAUGUAGGUGAUUUGCUUUCGGAAUCAAAUAAUUUAAGUAAUCCUGACUCUGAUUAUAACAAUAUUUUCCCGAUAAUCACUAGAUGGAACUCUAUGUUUGAUGCAAUUAAAAAAAUAUUAGCUUUUAAAGAAAAACUUGUUGUUAUAUUUGAAGAGUUAAAAUUAAUUAAAUUAAAAAUUGCAGAAUGGACGUUCUUAGAAGAAUAUUUUAAAAUAUUGCAGCCAUUAGCAGUUGCGUUAGAUAAAUUGCAGGGUGAAAAACGCAGCUUUUUGGGAUACGUUGUUCCGACUAUAAUUGUUUUAAGGCGUUUAUUAAUUCAAUCUACACACUUGAUUUACUGUAAGCCCUUAAGUUUAUGUUUAAUUGUCAGUCUUGAAAAAAGGUUUGAUUAUUUGUUUAAUUUGAGUUCUUCUAAGAGCAAAGAUUUUAUUUUAGCUGCCAUGAGUCAUCCAAAAUUUAAAAAAUACGUUUCUUCUUCCGAUAAUAGUGAUAGCAAUAGUGAUACUGAAUUCUACAGUAGUGUUUGUUCACAAGAUAAUUCUUUAAUUGAUGAUUCCAGCAACCUAGAGUUAGCUGAUAGAAAUUCCAAUCUAACAGCGUUCAAGCUUUAUCUUUUUUAA